AUGGCUUGUACAGGAUGCAUGCAGCCAUUUUCAUUAUUUCGAAAAGAACAUGGUUGUUCAAAUUGUGCAUUCGGAUUUUGUGAAAAAUGUUUAAACAAAAAGAUUGUUAUAGCGAAAUUUUCUCCAAAACCGGUGAGUGUUUGUGGACCAUGUUUUGAAAAAUUGUCGAAAAAAGAAAAUAAUAUGAAUGCUAUAGUUGAAAUUUCAGAUAUUCAGCCAAUAAAUUCUAAAAAAAGAACAGAUUCAUCUAAACUUUUAAAUGAAGAAAAAUGGUGGGGUGACGAUGUAUUGCCUCCUCCAUCUUUUCGUCAACAAUAUUCAAAGCCUAAUGUUAUUCAGGAAAAAUAUAUUAAUAAAACAAUCGAGAAGUCUACAAAAAUUGAUAAAGGAAUUCAAGAAAUUGAGGAAAGACUAGCUAAAUUAAAAAAUGUUGAUGUUGAAAUUAUAAGAAAUCCUCGGCUUAUGGUAACCAAUGAAGGUUUUGAACCGGAUGAAGAUGAUAGUAUUAAUGUAGAGGCAAUUCUAAAUGAACUUAAACAGGAAAAUAAAUAUCAUGACAAUAAGAGUGAUGAAAAUAUUUUGAAAAAAAAUUUACCUCAAACAGGUACAUGUUCCUCCUCAUUCUUUAAUAAUGAAUUAAAAAACUUGGAAGAAAAUAUAAAAAAUGACACAGAAGAAGCAGAAAAAAUAUAUAAUAUGGCGGAGAAUGAGUUAAAUAAAUAUAAAGAAGAUAUGAAUAAUGAUGAAGCAAAAUUAGUUGUUCAAAAUGACGACGUCAAAAAUAAAAAUGAAGGGUCGAAGAUGAACAAUAUCAUAAAAUUCUUUUUCAAAAACAAAAGCUUUUUUCAAAAAAUCCAGAUUUUGAUGUGGAUAAUAUGA